GUCACUUCUCACUCCUCAUCAGUUUCUCUCUCCUCUCUCUCUCUCUCUCUCUUUCUUUCUCUCUCUCUCCGCCAAGUUCGGCGAUCCAUUUUAAACCCUAAUAUUUUUCUCUGUCUCGCUCAAUUCAAAACCCUAAAUGCGCUUCCUCCACCCUUCAACUUCCCCUUUACAGAAAUUUUCCCGGGAAAUUCUGGAAAUUUUCCCGGAAAUCCAAGGCUUGCCCAUUUUCAUGUGGUUCGAGCAUUGGCUUCCCGUAUGAUUCAUUCGCUUCUUUCUUCACAACCAUGCCUCGGAUUUUCCAGGUCAAGAAAAAGUUCAAGUUUUUCUUCAAACCCUAGUCUGUGAACUUCAAUCAGCGAUGGAUCCGGGUCCAAUCUACAUAAGCUCCGAUGACGAACUGGGCUGGACCGACCUGGAUGAGGAGGACAACUUUGAUUGGGUAUCGGACCUUCUGGAAUCUGUCGACAAGGUAACCGAUGAUGACGAUGAUGACGAUGAUGAUGAUUCCGAUGACGUUGUGGUGAUUAGUGAGGUCAACUCCAAGCCCAGUAAAAAGUCUUCCAAACGGACGGUGGCGGAUGUGGACGAUGAUUGUGUGGUCUUGGACGGUGACCCGGAUAAGCCGGUUUCGGUGGUGGAGGAUUCGGGUAGCGGCUCCGACGAGUUGCUUGUGGUUGGGGAGAAGGGGCAGGUAGCAUGUAGAGACUACCCUCAUCCACGACAUCUUUGUGCCAAAUUUCCUUUCAAAACUACCCGGCACGAGAACCACUGUGAUCUUUGUCACUGUUAUGUCUGUGACUCGCUGGCACCAUGUGUACACUGGAGCACCAGAGGCUCCAACUUUGAUCAUUGUCAUGCCACGGACAAAGAAGAGACAUGGAAAGUACUGAGAAAAGAUUUCAAGACAGCAAAAACUGCACCAUUAUCAGCUUCAAACAAUCUGGCACCGACUAAACAUAGUCCAGUUCCACCUCUCAAUAUUAUUCGGUUGGCACCCAACUCUUUACCACAGAAUCAGGUCUCUAGGCCAGCUACAGUCCGCCCUUGCACCUCAGCCGGUCGUACCAUGCCUAGUAUCAGAAUUCCAAGCAGAAGUCACCAACCAGAAUAUCUUGUCCCUAAGAACAAAGUCCAACCAUGUUCAGUUUCUAAGCAGUUGCUUGGUGCACACACUAAUGUUGUUGGGAGGAACCGAGGUCAAAAUAUUGGUCAUUUAGGCCCCGUCUCUUCUCAUUCAAUGUUCAAAAGAGUAGGAGCUGUUGUGAACCGAAGUACAUUUGUUUCGUCAAAUAACAGUAGUUGUGCCACUCCAUUAAUAUACAACAGAACUUCCACUCCCAUGGCAACAUCAAAUGGCGGAAACCCCUUGUGGUUGCAGGGUGUUCAUUCUAGUGUGCAUCAGAACGCCUCCCAGCCCAUGACCACUUUCGUUGGAAAUACAGUGCCCUCCCAACCCCAAACAUAUAGUCAGGCCAUCCCCCAGUCAAUUUACAGCCAAACUUUUCAACAGCAAGGGAAUCAAAGUCAAAAUGAUAGCCAAUUUAUUUGUCAGUACGCGAUACCAAGUCCGGAUUCCAGUCAAGGUGUAUAUCAGUAUGGGAAUCAGAGUCAGAAUUCUAGUCUGCAAGGUAAUCUAGGUGUAAGUGUCACAGAUUUGGAUUUUACGGAUUGUAACUGGGUUAACACUUCCAGUCCAAACAUUCAGCGGCCUCCAAUUCAGCAACCUCCUAUUCAGCAGCCUCCAAUUCAGCAACCUCCUGUUCAGCAGCCUCCGCUUCAGCAGCCGCCAUUUCAGCAACCUCCCAUCCAGCAACCUCCCAUUCGGCAGCCUCAGUUUCAGCAGCCGCCUCCUAUCCAGCAACAGCCUCCCAUUGAACUUUCUGAAAUUCAAAGCACCGAGCCUGUAUCCGAGCCAGCUCCCGUCAAUGAGCAGUCUAACAAAGGCGCAAAUUUCAAUGGUUUGGAUACCGAAUUUGAAAGCUGGCUCUUUGAAGCCGAGUCUAGUCCGGCUGAAUCAAAUAAUGCGAUGGCAUCUCACCUGAACAUGUUGUCUCCCGAGCCGACUUUUAUAGACUCACUCUUGUUUGAUUUUGAAACCCCCUGGAAUGGUCUGGCGCAGGUAUAGUCGACUGUCACUGUUAGUCCUUCGCUAAAAGCGGGAAGCUUAUGUACGUAGGUGAAGUGACUCUCGCUACUCUAGCGUUUGAAACGAAAAAAGCUGUUUGACACAACAUAUGAUUCAGCAAAAUAAGGCUGGUUGUGAGGAGCUUUGGUAAGUGUAUAGGUGUUUGAAGAAGUGGUGUACAAAGUAUCCCUAGGUUGGAGAUGCUGUGUAGAGGCUGGUUGUUUCCCAAAGCUUCUGCCAGUUAAUUAUUAUUUCUGGGUUUUUCUAAUAAAAAGUUGUUGCUUGGGUUUGCUUACGGAAA